AUGGCGUUUAGUAUCAACCACAUAAGGCUUCUUCUUCUUGUUGCAACAAUACUCGUGAUGGUGGUCGCUUCCGUAGACGGAGAAGCUCUCCCGGAUGAUUCUAUGGUGAAGCAAGCUUCAGCAAAAAGAGAUAUGAUUUGGAAAGAAGUGUUUCACGAUGGUUAUGGUGAUUGGAGCCCGACUCCAAAAGUUCGACGAGGUAAUCCAGCACCAAUUCUUCUAGAUAUUACACAGCCACCACCUUAA